AUGCACGAGAUGGCGCCGUCCAAGCCCGCCGCCGCCUUGCUCCUCGCCUUGGCCGUCCUGCUCGCGGCCGCCAACACCGGCGUGGCGACGCCCCCGGCGGCGUGCUGCGGCGCCUUCAAGUCCCUGGUGGACAACGCCCCCAUCUGCCUCUGCCACGGCCUGAACGGUGACAUCAACAAGAUCAUGCCCGCGCCCAUGGACUUCAUGCGCAUGAUGUCGCUCCCCGGAAACUGCGCCGUCCCGCUGCCAAUGCAGACGAUUGCCCAGUGCGCCACGGCAUCUGUGCCACCACUGGACCCUCCUACCGCCCCAGCAGCCCCAUCCCCAAGAAAGAAGGCGGGGGCGCAUGGGGAGGUAGGCGUCGGUCGCUGCUGGAGUGAAUUUUGGCUGCCGGAAAUGGUGCUGGUGGUGAAGCAGCACCGCUGCACGCACUCGGCGUCCUGCUCCUGCACCAAGGGCCACCUCAGCGAGGACGCUCUGUUCCUCGUCUUCCGCCACAUGAACUGGAACCCCAGGCUGAUCGCCAACCUCUCCUGCGUCUGCAAGUGGUUCGACGAGGUCGCCAAGCAAGUGCUGUGGAAGGAGUUCUGCCAUGCCAGGGCGCCCAAGAUGAUGCUGGAUCUGCAUUCCGACGGCAGCCACAUUGUCGACGGCAACUGGAAGGCGCUCGGGAAGCUGCUGAUCUACUGCAACGGCUGCACAAAGGGGGGCUUGUUCGGAAACAUCCAUGUCCCCGGACACUUUGUGUUCAGGACGCGCUUCUCAAGGACCGCAGGCAAGAGCUUCCUGCCUCUGCAGUGUAGGAUGGAUGUCUUGUAUGUGUCCGAUCCGUGCGAACAUCUUGACCAGGGGGAAGAAGGCGACCUGGGUUUUUUCCGUGGCAUCUUCAAGUCGUUUGCCACUUCAAGGGUCAAGAAGAUCCUGAUUGAGAAGCAGGCUAGGUUCCAUCCAACGGAGGUUUGCCCCUAUUGCAAGGCUAAGCUAUGGAACAUGCUGCAUGCUGAUAUGAUGCCGGCGAGUGCUUCCGCCAGGCUGGGUGCUUACGAUGAUUCCGUGGAGUACUUUGUAUGCCUGAAUGGACAUGUUAUUGGAUUGGGUACCCUGUUACCUCUCUCGGAUUCUGAGGAGGCACCGGAGGAGUAA